UGUCUCUUUAACAAAACCAGCCAGGUGUGGUCUCCCGCUUUUUCAAACGUGUUGCUGUCACUAAGCUACUUCCUGAAGUUUAACGGAUACAUCUACAACACUGACAAAAUCUAACUACUGUAAAAAAAGAAAGAAAAAAAGACAAAGACGAUGAUCAGGCUGAUCACCAGCAGUAACACUACCAGACUAACCAUGAUGACCACUGAGUAUGUGCACACAGUUUGGACAAAACUUGGACACACCUGUUAAGGUGAAUAAACAAAGAGCUUGGUUUAUGAAUGCUGCUAUAGAAACAUUGACAAAAUGCCAGAUGAAAACACUACACCAAGAGUUGGCCACAGGAGUCGUGCAUCGCCCAAAGCCAGGGAGGAACAGUUUCCUGAUACAAAGGAGAAAAAUGGACUAUUAUUUUGCAAAGCUUGCAACUGUCUACUUGACCACAUGAGGAAGAAAUCAAUAGACGCACAUCUGGCUUCUGCCCGUCAUUUAGCAAAGAAGAAAGCUAAGGAUGAGGGCAAAGAAUUGGCCAAUGACAUUCAACCAGAGUAUCUUAACACAGUAUGGAGUGAAGAGGUUCUCCGUUGCCAAACAUGCAAACGUGCUCUUGACCACACAUGGAAACCAUCAGUGACCAGACACCUGACAGCGUGUAAAAGGAAAGCUGAACAUGAGGAUGACUGGAAACCCGAAAGGAAAAAGACCUCUUCACUUCCCUCCACUCAACUUCCCUCUACAUCUUCCCAAUCCAUCUGCCCCUUUCCAAAAGCCUCACGAAGCAGUGUGACAGAAAGACCGACCCAGUCACUUGAUCUGAGUGAGACAGAGAAGAGAAGAGAUGCUAAAUUUGUGGAUGAUAACAGGGCUGAGCUCAUUCAGAACGUUACCACGGUGAUGCCCAUAUUAGAUGACCUGCUCAAGUGGGGUAUGAUCCAUAGUGAGGCGUACUCUAACAUCCGUGCUGCCCGGACCAGCCAGGAACAGAUGAGGGAGCUGUACAUCACAUUAAAAUCAGAUAAAGUCAAAUCAACCUUCUACAGGAUCCUCCAGGAGAAAGAACAUAAUUUGAUCCAGGAGCUAGGUGGGCCUGUCUGUAUGGAGGUGGAUUGCUAUGGACAGACUAUGUGCAUUGGGCAGAGCAGCGAGUGCCUACCACAGGCCCAACAAAACCGUCAAACCGUCAAACGGCAUGUAGCAGAUUAUGUCUCAAUAGCCAUACAGAAACACAAAGCAGAACUGAGGGAGAAGUAUAAACAUGUUUCUGAGGGUAUUGGAAAAGAAAGAGAUUCAGAAGUCUUCAACAAGAUCUUCACAGAGCUCUACAUCAUAACUGGAGAGAGUGAAAGGCUCAAUAGUGAACAUGAAGUGUCGCAACUUGAGGAUACAUCCCAGCUAAAAGCAGACAAAAUCAACUGCAAUGACAUCUUCAAACCCUUACUUGGAAAAGAGAAAGGAGAGAAGAGAUCCAUCAGAACUGUGCUGAUGAAGGGCAUCGCUGGCAUUGGAAAAACAUUCUCUGUGCAGAAGUUCAUCCUCGACUGGGCAGAAGGAAAAGCCAAUCAGCAUAUACAUUUCAUCUUUGUCCUUCCUUUCAGGGAGCUGAAUUUGAUCCGAAGACCUCACAGUGUUCACAGUCUUCUGAGUAGCUUCCAUCCUGGUCUCAAAGAACUUGAUAGUCCUACCUAUAAAGUAAUGAUAAUCUUUGAUGGUCUUGAUGAAAGCAGAUUUAAAUUGGAUUUCAAGAAUAACGAGACUUUGUUUAAAAUAACAGAUGAACAAAUGGUGAAUGUGUUGUUAACAAACAUUAUCAAGAGAAAGCUGCUUCCUGAAGCUCUCCUCUGGAUAACCUCCAGACCAGCAGCAGCCAAUCAGAUCCCCUGGGAGUACAUCGACCAGGUGACAGUAGUACGAGGUUUCACUGAUGAACAGAAAGAAGAGUACUUUAAGAAGAAAGUCGGGGAUGAGAAGCUGGCCACAAGAAUCAUCUCACAUGUAAAGAUGUCAAGGAGUCUACACCUCAUGUGCCAAAUCCCCAUCUUCUGUUGGAUUGCUGCCAUGAUUCUUGGAAAGAUGCUCAGCAAAAACAGCCGUGGAGUCCCUAAAACUCUGACUGCCAUGUACACACACUUCUUAGUCACCUUGACUGACUUGAAGGGCCAGACAAAUCACACAAAUCCUCAGAAGGUCUUGAAACAAAACAGAUUGUUAAUUUUAAAACUCGGACGCCUGGCCUUUAAUCAUCUGGGGGAGUCUCAAAUGUUUAAUGAAAACGACCUGGCAGACUGUGGCAUCACUGAUGAGGAACGGGAAGGAUCUCUAUACUCUGCAAUGUUCACAGAAAUCUUUAAAAAAGAGGAUGUGUUUUACGGGGAACUGGUGUACUAUUUUGUCCACCUAACCAUCCAGGAGUUUUUUGCAUCUCUUUUUGUGUUUCAUUGUUUCAUAAGCAAUGAAAUGAAGGAUCUGGAGUCUUUCAUCGAUGUCAAGUUCAGAGGUCAGCCUAAAGUGCAUACUUUCCUAGAAAGAGUGGUGAAUAAAGCUUCAAAAAGUGAGAAUGGACAUCUGGACCUCUUCGUCCGCUUCCUUCAUGGCUUCUUAUUGGAAUCCAAUCAACAGCUUCUGGAAGGCCUAUUGACAAGGUCGAAGGAUGCUGAAGAAACUUCCAAAAGUGUAGAGGAAAUAAGGACAUACCUCAAGUACAUGGCAACACAGGACAUCUCUCCUGAAAGAUGCAUUAACCUGUUUCACUGUUUGAUUGAAAUGGGAGACAGGUCAUUGAAUAAAGACAUUCAAGCAUACCUCUCACGUAAGGCUAUGAAGAAAAGUUCAGUUGAGCUCACACCAGAUCACUGCUCAGCAUUGGCCUCUGUGCUUCUAAAGUCAGGGGAGGAACUAGAUGUGUUUGACCUGAAGAAAUAUAAAGCAUCAUGGGAGAAGCGUAGGAGACUGGUCCCAGCUGUGACAUGCUGCAGAAAGGCUUUACUUGCUGGCUGUAGACUCACAAAUGAGACUUGUGAAACAGUGGCCGUUGCACUAAGAUCAGCAAAUUCACCCUUGAGAGAACUGGACCUGAGUCACAAUGACCUGCAGGAUUCAGGAGUGAAGCAGCUCUCUGAUGGACUGAAGGAUCCACACUGUCAACUAGAGAUACUGAGGCUGUCUGGCUGUCAUGUCACACAUGGAGGCUGUGCUUCUCUGGCUUCAGCUCUGGGGUCAAACCCCUCCCACCUGAGAGAACUGGACCUGAGCUCCAAUCACGCAGGAGACUCUGGAGUGAAGCUGCUCUCUGCUAGACUGGAGGAUCCACACUGUAGACUGGAGAAACUCAAACUUGCUGGCUGUAGACUCACAAAUGAGACUUGUGAAACAGUGGCUGUUGCACUAAGAUCAGCAAAUUCACCCUUGAGAGAACUGGACCUGAGUCACAAUGACCUGCAGGAUUCAGGAGUGAAGCAGCUCUCUGAUGGACUGAAGGAUCCACACUGUCAACUAGAGAUACUGAGGCUGUCUGGCUGUCAUGUCACACAUGGAGGCUGUGCUUCUCUGGCUUCAGCUCUGGGGUCAAACCCCUCCCAUCUGAGAGAACUGGACCUGAGCUUCAAUCACCCAGGAGACUCUGGAGUGAAGCUGCUCUCUGCUAGACUGGAGGAUCCACACUGUAGACUGGAGAAACUCAAUGUGGACCAUAAUGAAGAGUUCUGGGUUAAACCACAGCUGAUGAAAAAAUAUGCCUGUGAUCUCACACUGGACCCAAACACAGCACACAGAAACCUCUCUCUGUCUGAGGGGAACAGAAGGGUGGAGAGGGUUAAAGAGGAGCAGCCGUAUCCUGAUCAUCCAGAGAGAUUUGAUCACUAUACCCAGGUGUUGUGUAGAGAGGGUCUGACUGGGCGCUGUUACUGGGAGGUAGAGUGCAGUGGGAGGGUUGUGAUAUCGGUAACAUAUAAAAGCAUCAGCAGAAAAGGAAGAAGUUCUGCCUGUGGGCUUAGAGUCAAUGACAAGUCCUGGUGUCUGGAGUACUCUGGAGAUCGUUACACUGCCUGCCACAAUAGGGAAGUGACACAUAUACCUGCUCUGCCCGUCAACCCUCCUCAACCCCAGAGAGACCUGUCCUCCUCCCCUCCAUUCCCCAGAGUAGGAGUGUUUCUUGACUGGCCGGCCGGCACUCUGUCCUUCUACAUGGUCUACUCUGGCACAAUGACCCACCUGCACACAUUCCAGACCACAUUCACUGAGCCCCUCGACUCAGGGUUUGAGGUUUGGAAUGAGGGCUCUUCAGUGUCCCUGAGCCAGGUAGAGUAGAAUCCUUUGUCCUGGAGGAACACCUGGGUCUCCAUGGAAACACAGUUACACUCUCGUCACGCUUCGGCCACACAUAAGACAUGGAAAAAUGUGUAGAUUUCAGGAAAUUAACAUUUAAACUGCAAAAUAAAUUAUUAUAAAAUGUAUAUAAUUGCCACCUAUGAAAUUUGUGGGACUGGACCUUCUCAAAUAGUACUUGACUAAGCAAUGAGUUCAAAGGAAUUGUCCGUAGAGCUCCGAGAAAGGAUUGUUUCGAGGCACAGAUCUGGGGAAGGGUAC